CAUUCGGAUAAUUAGCUCAACACUGGGGGUCGUUAUCCCCCAAAACUUGGUGUUUGGUAAGGUUAUGUUUGUGGAGUUAGGUUUUCUGUGGUUUGGUGGAAUUUAAUUUGUUACUUCUCUAGAAUGUAAUAUAAGAAGUCUAUAAUAAGUUUCUUCGAAAAUGUCGGAGUUGGAACUUUUGUUUUUUGACACAUUUUCCCAUGAGAAUAAUGAGGAAAUAAAUUUAGAUUUGGUACAAUUCCCCAAACCAGUUUUUAUUGGUGAAGUAAGAGUUAUUCCUCUUGGAGCUAGGGUGCAAGCUGACUUUCCUGGUGGGGUGAGAUUAGGGGCUACAAAUCCAUCUCAAUUCAAAAUUGAAUUUUUUGUCAAUGAUUUAAGCAAACCCAGUGCUUCAACUUUUGAGAACUUAGGAUCAAUUGAUUACAAUCAAAAUGGUAACAUACAUUUGGAGUGUGAUCAUAGGCAUAUUCCUACUGAUGGUCUUGUUCUGAAAGGUUGGUACACGACUAUAACUCUAGCAGUCUAUGGGGUUUUAACUAAAACUAUUGUCACAGAACCUCAAGUUCCUCUCCAACAUGAACAAGAGCUUGCCACUGCUGACUGGGUCCAACAGCAUGCCCAGGAAAACUAUGAAUCGAAAGAUAGUUACGAGGUAGAGAGUUGGGAUGUACGGCAAAACGAUAAACAUUGGGAUAGAAAUAAGGAUAGGCAUCAAGAUCAGUAUAGAUUUGAUAGAAAUCAUGAGGAAAGAAGCCCAGAAUAUAGAGAUAGAGGCACCCCAGAGUAUGACUCUCGUGGUCGAGAUGGCAAUUAUUAUAGACGAGAUUGGGACAGUUGGCAGGGAAGUAGUAGUAGGAAAAGGCCUCAUACUCCACCACCGCCACCUCAGAUUCGACCAUCACCUCCACCUCCAGAAAAUCAUCAACCGCAAGAUGAAAGUGGUACUGCCAGUGGAGGAGGCUUUGAAUCGAUGUCUCCUGGAGAUGUUGAAUCUAUUUCUGAAGGAGACAUCCCUGAAACUGAGAAUUGUAUUUCACCUAGUCAUGGUGGAGGUGAUGAGGGUACUGAACCAUUUGAACCAAUUCUUAGUGAUGAAGAAAUAGCUGAUGAUGGAGGAGAACAUCAGGAAAUGGAUUAUGAUUUCGGAGAAUAUUCAGAAGAUCCACUGAAAUCAUUCAACCCUUACAACAAUGAAGUACAACCUUUGCAGGAUUUAGAAGAUCCUGCUUUAACUCCAUUUGAAUUUCAAAUUAGAAAUGGUGUCAAAGAGACCAGAGAAAAUGCAAAACCUCUUUUAUCUCUCCUUAAGUGCACGACUGAGGAAUGUAAAGAAACAUGGGUAGAAAAUGCUGAGCAAGUUGUUAAUAUUUUAUCAAAAACUUUACCUUAUGUUGAAGAUUCAUCUAGAGACGAUGUGUUCGAUAGAUUAAUGCAAUGGACUAUCUUUGGUUUAGACUUCAAUCAAGCCUUAUCACAACCACAACCCGCUUUUAAGCUGCGACACAUAAAAGUUGGUGUACGUUUAGUUGAGUGUCUCGCGCAAUGUGGAAAAGAUGCGUGUAUCAGGGUUGUCAAGGAAGCAAAAGCACAAGAGCGUCUUUUAGAUCUUCAUCAAGAAGAACAUAUGGCCCUCUCAAUAAAGUUGAUGAUUUUAAAGGCUUUAGAUGCCACUCUUCGUUUUGAUAGUUCUAUAGAACAAUUUAUCCAUGUAGGUAAAGCUGAAUAUGUUAGUGGCUAUCAACGCCUAAUCAAAUUAUUGGAAGAGAAGAAUCAUGCCCGAGUCAAAUACUCUAUCUGUUCAAUAAUUUGUAAACUGCAUUUAUAUGAACAAUUAAUUAAACUUCAUUCAAGUGUUACCAAUAUUAAUAGGGAAAAUGCUGAAAAUGAAGAAAUUUAUGAAAUUAUUUCUAAUAUCCUAGAUAAUAUUUUACAAGUCUUUGUUGAUGCUCCAAGAAUGAUUUCUCAACCAAAAAGAUUUCUUCCAGUUUCAGCUCAGUUUGAGAUCAGUAAUAGUUUUCCGGAUCCUUAUAAAGCAAUUUAUACAUACUUCAGGUUUUCAAAUAUUUUAGAUGACUUCAUCAGUCUUUUAAGCCACCCAACUGCAUCAUGUCUUCCCUCAAUACUUGCACCAGUAAAUGGAAUUAUUUCAGAACUUUUAGAAUCAUGUGAUGGACUAAAGUUUUUAUUAUCCACCUCUAAUGUAAAUAAGUUAAUUAGAUUGUUGCUUGGCAGUCCAUCUAGUUCAGAAAAUGAAAUUGGUCGUCCAGGUGUCAAUCCCACACUAGGCUUACAUGCAGCUUACAGAUUACAAGCGCUUUCUUAUCUUGAUGCUUUAAGUUCUCUACCGAAUUCAUCUGAUCCUGACAAGCCAGAAAUAUUGGACAUUUUGCAUGGAAUAUUUAGCCUUACUUUGUCAAAUGUUGGCAACAUUGGAAAAGCAUCAGUCGUUCAUGUGCUUAGUCAAGGAAAUAACAUGGAUAUACUUUUGGACCUCUUAAAGCAUAAAUCUGCAACACGUAAAAGAUCACCAAGCCGUGGUUAUAUAUGUGACCUCAUUAUUCUCACUGUCAAGCUUUCAACUAAUAUGCCAUUCUUCCAAAAUUAUGCUGAAAAUCUACUUUCCUUGAUUCCUGAUAUCUCAGAGUUGUCAGAAAUACAAAUUUGGCUUAAGCCUUUAGAAAAUCAGAAUACUUUUUCAUAUGACAAUAUUGCGCCACUUUGUGAAAAUUUAAAAAACAAUGUUACUGAUUGUACAUCUCUUCCAGGAGACCUUAUAAUGGCUGUAAGGUUGCUUCGACACCUCGCUAUACCAAGAUAUGAUAAAGAUUUGUCCCCAUUACCUUCAAAUCAAGAAUAUAUGGAGUUGAAAUAUAAAUGUGUUAUUCUCCAAUUGUAUUCUCUUGAUGGUAUUACUCAUUUGAGUUCUAUACUCCAGAAACUCUCGGAAUAUUAUGAACAGCCUGCCUUACAUUCAGCAAGCCUAAUUGGUCGUCAAGGUCUAAUGUUAUUAUCAUUCAUCCAUCCUGCUGUUCAGUUACUUAGAAGAAUGUUGACCUAUGUAAUUAAAGUAAGAAAUACAGAUUUCAAAGAUUUGACUGCAGUUCCAAUUUUAUUGAACAUUUAUAACUUAAUGCAAGCAAUACCAAUUAAUGCUCAAGCACAUACUGAUGCUCUGAGGGUGUGUCGAGAAAUAGUAGAAACAUUAUUGGCUUAUACACAGCCUAUUUGUGCAGAUACAACUGCUGAAGCGGACGCACUAAACAAAAGCCUUUGGACUUCAAUGAUUACGGAAGUUAUUAAAUUUUGUUCCAAUACUCCUUACAACUUUAUUUCUGGUCUGAUGGUGUUUUCAGAGCUUUUGCCUCUUCCACUUCCAUUACAAACUCGUAAACCAUUAUCUGAUGAAGAAGCAUCAAGAUUUGUCAGUGCCAGAAAGAUGUGGUCUGCACAUUUACAUUCAUUAAAUCCUGCUAUCGAAAGUAUGAUUGCAACUAUAGGAGUCAGUAAUUACCAACCUUUACUUCAGUUACUAAGGCGUGUAUGUGUACAACUUGCGGAUCUUGCUGCUCCAUCGUCAUUAAUGGUGGUUCGUACUUUACUCGACUCUAUCUACUCACAGAUGCAAAAUGACAACAAGACCUCUCAGCUUGCCCGCUUACUCAAUUUCCUAGCUUGUCUAAUGACUCAUGGACCCGUAAAAUCAGCUUUCCUAAGCCUCAUGAAAGGCAAGGAAGAAAAAUAUGCCAAUCUUCUGAGUACUUUAAUUGACAUAUUUAAAAGUCCAUCAGAAGGUUCCAUUCACUGUCAAGAAUAUGUUACAUCAAUCAUUCAAUCACUUUGUGAUAGCGAAAUUACUCUGGUUCCUCCAACUAAUUUAUCACCUAGUAUCACAAAUGAGAUUUUCUUAGCCAAUGCACUACCUUCAAAAGAGAUGCUAGUCACAUUAUGUAAUGCAAUGCUGGAACAUAUCACAUCGAACGAACAUGCUUUGGCAACAGUGCUGCCUGUCAUGAGAACUCUAGUACUCCUUACUGAGCAUGAUUAUACCUAUUAUCACUUAAAGAUGUGUUUGGACCGUCACUCUGAUUGUAUACUUUUAGUGCUCGGGAAAGUUAACAAGGAAUGGUCCAAAGAGAGUCAUGAAUGUCUUGCAACCCUUGAGGCUACUUUGGAAUUGUGUCGUGGGGUUUACAGUAGCCGUGGAAGGAGUCAUCUUUCUGAACUUGUCCUUUGGAAAAAAGAUCAUCCUUUGCACAGUAUUGAAACUUCAUUGAAGAAUAAUGUGCUAGAAGAUGAAUCAUUGGAGCCAUUACUUGAAAAUGUGUCUGCAUUAAUUAAAUUGUUAGAAGAAGAAGAUACUAAACAUGAUCAUAAAGAUAUGGCUGAGAUAAAUCUCCCUGCUUGUGAACCUUUACUUUCUCAAUUUGCUUUACGGCAAGUCUGGGUAAUGGUUGAUGCAGAUGACGAUCGGCUUUCUACUGCUUAUUGGCUCUCCCCUCCAAACAUGCAUGACGUUGAAACACCUGAUGCAGAACAGAUAAAUAUAGACUUGGUAGAGAUUUCAAAAUCUGAAAUUCCUGAUCUUUCAUUACCUGAUGCAGUUGGUAGACUUUCUCAAGCUUGCCCAACACCUGGAGAAAUACCUACUGUCAGAGAAACAAAAAAAAGAAGUGUUGAAAAUGCUGGAACCAAGAGACCAUUUGUUGCUGUAAUGCGCGGAAGAGGCUAUCGGAGAGGUGGCACUGGAGGAGCUGGUGGAACUGGCUCCGGAGGAGGAGAUGUUUUCAGAUCUCGCCCUCCGAAUACUUCCCGUCCUCCUUCAUUGCAUGUUGAUGAUUUUGUUGCUUUGGAAACGUGCGGCGCUCAACCAACUGGUCCAACAGGUUACAACAAAGCCUCUAUGAGAGCUGCACAGGAUUUGAUGGCGAGUCGAACGAGAGGUAGGGGAAGGACGUUUGGUGUAGAAAGAGGAGGUGGAAGAUUUUUCGGUUCCCCAACAACUUAUCAUCGAGAAAGUUCUGGUGAAAGCAUUUGGGGAGAAAUGUACUCGGGUAGCAAUAUUACUAGCAGCGAAAGGAGAGGUGGUGGAGCCUGGCCAAAGGAUUUGAGGGGUGUACGAACACGCAGCCUCAGAUUUUUCUCCAGAUAGAUCAAUCAUUAUUUUUCGAUGGAUCUAUGUGUAAAUUAUGUAAUCUAAUAUGUUUUAUUGUAUUCAGUACAAAUAUAUUUUUAUAGUUCCCAAGUUAAUUACUCUUAAUUAUGUUAUCAUUUUAAAUGAUAUAUUUAUUUUUCCAAGAAAAUGAAGAAUAUUUGUGAUACUGUCUUAGCCUAUUAAAAAUAGAAACGAAUGGCUUGUAAAUAUUUUAAGUCAUUAAAUAGUUGAUGAAAAAGUGUAAGAACUAUUAUAAAAUAUUUAUCUGAACAAUGGUAUUUCAGUCACAUCCCUGUUGAGUAUGUUUUGUUCCAGUCAGUGUCGGACGUAAUUCAAAAUUUUAUCUAGAUAUUGAAUAAUAGAUAUAUUUUGAUUGUUGACCCUUGAUAUAAACAGAAACAUUAGUUAUUCGUCAUUGAAAAUACGAAUAAAUUAUUCAUUAUCUAUUAUUUAAGGUAAAUUUUUCCCUAUACUGGUUCCAAUCAAAGAUAAGGAGUUAGUAAGAAUGUUAUUAUUCAACUUGCAGAGUUUUAGAUUUGCAGUUCUCAAUUUUUUUUUUGUCACUUCACCCUUGUCAAACUAUACACCUUUUGCAGCACUUUUAAUCUACUAGAGGCAACUCACUCUGACCAGCUUAAGAGUGGUGGCCCUAUUCUGUUUUCCUUAAGGGGAAUUAGUUAUAUGAUUUUCCACAAGGGCCUAGAGAUUUGGUUCAUUUCAGGAAAAGAAAUAUAGGUCCUGACAUCGCAUCUGCUGACACUGAACAGCUAUAUAUAAUCCAUGGAUCUGGGUCAAUUUGUCACUGUUCUUGAAGGAAUUUGCCCAGUUGGCUCCGAAGUGGUUGCUUAUGGAUCUGUUGGUAGUCUGUUGCUGCAACAUGGACACUAUGGUUUGUAACAAAAUGAGAUUGAGUUCUUGCAUUAUAAACUUUUAGUUUUUUUUCUUCUAUUACAGUAGGCCUUUUAAAAGUCUAUUGCUAGCGUAGGUUACUUGGAAAGGUCUCAUGUUACUGAAAUUAUGGUUCCAUUCCAUGAUGCUUUAUAGCCCAGGGAUCUCCAAACUGCGGGCUGCAUCUUCAAUCCAGUCCAUGAAAGACUGGUUAGAAGGAACCAAAAUUUUAAAAACUAAUUUAAAAAAUAUGAAAUUUAGUAAACAUGCAAACACGAGAUUACUAUAACACUUAUUACAUGAGUUGUUUCAACUAUAAAGCUCAUUGUACAACUGAGGUGUCAUAAAUAGAACAAGAUUGUUU